UCUGUCAUCUCUUUCACUCAUACGGUAAUGUAUAGCAGUUUUUCAACACGAUAUGCUUCACAAAUUGUCAGCCGUAAACCAGAAUCUGCUCUGCUAUACUAUAUUUUUAUUCCCUGUUUAGUUCCUUGUGAAAUAAAAUUGGCCGUUUCUAUUGACGUUUACCAUUUAACGAAAUUUGUGAACAAAUGACUUUUGCAAUAAGCCCUAACCCGAAUUGGAACACCUCAAGUAUUGAAAGUAAUGGGAAUUACAUAUUUCGUACUAUGACAGAGAAUAGGAAACGGUCCCGAGAGGAUGAUUCGUGUGAAUUCAUGCCAUUGUCUAAAAGGAUAAAUAACUUGCACAUUAACAACAACCUUGUUAAUACAACUGUUUCUCAAACACAAGAUACUAGUCAAAUAAAUGGAAUAGCUGCGGAAAAUGGAAUCUCAUCACCAAGUUCUUCGUCAGGCUCUGAACGAAGACCUAGUUAUGACCCUGGAAUGAGUUCUGCUCAAAGUAGUUAUUAUUUUGACAAUAAGUUGUUAUUCGAACUCCACUUAGAAAGAAUGCAGAGAUGUGGGCAACAAUUUCCAUAUUAAUGCUAGAUUUAGUGAUACCUAAUUAAGUUUUGUGUGUAUUAAUUAUUUGUUACGUCUAAUAUUAUUAUUAAUUAGUAUAUUAAACUGUACCUUUUUAAUUAAAAAAUUAUGAAGCAUUUAGCAUGGUACCAAUUUUAAUUUUUAACAUGGUAUACACUUGUCAAAUCGAUGAUUAGUUUUGGCCAAUCACACUAAAGAAUUAAUGCGCCACCUGGUGAUAAAUUCUGUGUACUAAUCAAACUAAGAAACAGUAUGGCGGAUUUCAUUUGUCAUAAAUGGUAAAAGAGAAGGGGUGCUGUUGUUUAUUUGUUUGUAAUUAACGAUGGAAUCUACAUUGAGAGUUAAAAUAGUGAGAAAUAUUUUUUACUAAGAAAAAUACCAAAAUUUACAUCCAAGCGAGGAAGAUUCAGAAAUGAACUUUGCCACAUUCUCAGCGGUAGGAGCCCCUGGCACGCACUUUGUGACCACAGGAGGUCAGCUUCCCGUCACUAAGAUACAGCAGAAUGUCUCUAAUAAUGGGACUGGUAUGCAACAGGUAAUGCAUGAACUUGCUUAAAUUUGAGACAACUUUAAGCCACUUCUGUUUCUUAUGGCUCCAUCAAGACCCCAAGGAGUCUUUCAGAGUCAAUGUUGGACAAUUAAGUGUUUAUUUACAGUAAAAUAGAAAAGUAGAGAAACAACUUUUGAGGAUAUCAUAGCGGGUUGAAGGAGCUGAUGAAAAGUCAUGUUUGAAGCAAGCAAAUAGUCAUUGUGAUGUUUUAUGGAAAGAGAGAUACAUGUUAAAAGUCCUCUUGGCUAUAAUUGAUUUACAAAAAAGCCAAUACAUUUGGAUGGAAUAGAAAAUAUUAUAAACACAGCUUCUAUUCAUGCGCAUAAAAUACACUUUCUCUGAAUACUCUGAAUAUCAGUAUUAAAUUGAUUUACAGAUAUUGUAAUUGUAUCAAAUCCUUACAAAAAAUUGAUACAGUUUUAAACAAAAACACUGAAUGUUUUGUAAACAAAGACAUGACUAAAUAAAUAGAUUGAAUAGUGUCUCAAUGUUACUGUAACAGGAGUUUUUCACAAGUUACUAUAUUAAUAUGUAUAAUAGGAAUAUAAUGAUUUUUAAAUAGAAUACUUUGUAGGUAGGUCGUUUUUAUUGUCAGUAAUAAGUGUCUAUAGUUAGGAAAAUAUUAUUUAAACAAAAUAAACAUAUCUAAUUUAAUAAUGAUCUAUAGAAGUAUGAUUCAAUCGCUUUGUUGUUAACUUGUUGCAAGGUAAAUAAUAAGAUUUUAUGCAGUUAAACCCAAACCAUAAAUAUGUUUUCUAUUGGUAUUAUAAAUUCUGAAAUGUAUAGACUUUCACCACAACAUAUACAACUGCUAAAUGUACUAUGCAAAUGCAAUUUAUCAGGUUCCUAUAACUAAAUAGGUGUCCUAACUAUUAUGCAAAGUGGUCCUUAAGCUGCGUAAAACUCUUAUUUAUAAAACUCAUAUUCAACUCAGCAUAGCAAAAAGUCUAGUGUUUAGACUGUAAGAAAUGCCUUUAAAAUCAUAUUACGCAACUAGUGAAAGCCGUACCGAGCAAA